AUGCUCAACAAAAAGACACUCACAUUGAAGAUGAAUAAAUCGCUUCAUGGCGAUUUCGACGCGCCCUUGACUCCAGUCGACCAGACCCUCAAGACCCCGGUCGAUCCGCCCAACCAUAUGCCCAACUCGUACUUUGGCGGGCCCUCCUCCAACUCUGGUGCUGUUGCGCCUACUCCUGGCUCUUCUUCCUUCUACCACCAUCCUGCUCACGCGGAAUCGGACGAUAUCUUGACCGACGUGGACGAGCCCCUGCUGGGGCCAAAGCUGCUCAAGAGUUACUCCCUCACUUUCACUCCGUUGUUUGACCAGCUUGUGCUUGGCAUAUACUCCGAUAUCAUGCUGCUUCCGACGACGACGCCGUUUCUGGGCUGCGUGCCUCCCCUGGGUCUCGUGUCGCGUGUGGCGAACGAAACCAUGCUCAGUCUCAUGAAAAACAAUACGGAGCAGGCUCCCUUAUACGAUACACAGUGUGUGCUCAGCCUGGACUACUUGAAGAACCACACGUACCAGCCCAUCAUCUUGCUGCUUAUACGAAAACGGUUCAUUGACUUGUGCUCCGCUCAGAGAUCUUCCUCGUCCCACCCUCCUAGCAUACCGCCUUCUACUAGCGUACAAGUGCCUUCAAACAUAAACCCCAACUGGGGCAAUACUGCUUCUAACGGCAACAGCGGGAAUGGCGUCUACGGGGUUGUGGGCAUGCGUCAGCUGUCGAUCCUGAACUUGCUGUUGAACGAACUGAAUGUUGCAUCUUACCAGCAGCAGCCUUCGCUGGCGGCUCAGGCAGCCGCUCUUUCGAGGCUGAGAUCCUCAUCUUUCAACUUGAGAAAACAUUCUCUUACUAGAAACAACUCAUACAACGGCUCCAACUGGUUGCAUGUGGGAAACUUGUCGAAUAUUCGUCCCAAUGCGAAUUUGGGAAUGCAUGGCGAUCAAAACAACUCCACGGACUCUCUUCAGCUGAUGCAUGAUUACGUUCCGAGAGCUUUCAUUCUGAGAGCAGUUGCUGCUCCUCUGUCGAAUCUGCAUCAAAGCCUGAACCCUUGCUUGGGGCCUGCUCCUGGCGGGUUCAACUCUAUGAUGCUUGACUAUCAGACCCCUCCAAGCUCAUCGAAAAGCUCGUUCUCAUCUGGAAGCACACCCCUCAAUACUUUCCCCAACAGUUACCUACAGCCAGCACCUGGAUCUGCCGGGUCUGGCUCGGAAAUGGACGAAACUGAUCUGGAGCCGCUGAGAUCGCGCUCCUCCAGCCGUGGGAACGGCCUCAAUGGCUCAUUCCCUCGCCCACUAACGAUCAAUACUGAUACUUGCAAUUUACUCCAAAACGUGAACAUGCAUAUACCCGGUGGACUGUCUGGGCCAAGCUCGCUUGGGGCUGGUGAGGCGCUCAAUUCGCCUUUUCUUUCAGCAACCACCCCAUCGGAGGAGCACGGAUACUUUCUGGGUCCCACGCUGUCAAGCGGUAUUAUUGGCACGCUGCCUAGCACAGGAGGCUUGCGCAAUGGGCCAUUGAUGCAAGAGAGCCCAGUUAGAGAAUCUGCAAUGGCCAACGGCAACAAUAAGAUAAAUUUGCCUGGCCAGUUCAGCUUAAGUGAAAAGAAGCGUGACUCUUUGAAGAUGAAGAGAGGAAUUCACUAG